AAGCAUCCCUCAUUCCCUCCCCAUAAAAUUACACCAUUCUGUCACUAAAGCUCAAUUAUAUAUACAACAUUGGUGACACCCUCCUUGGCACAAACCAGAGUCCAAAACCUGAGAACACAAAAACCAUGGUGUCACCAUUCUCACACUUGUCGCUUUUAGUUGUAGUCCUCCAAUUAUCAGUUUCGUGGGCAAAUUCAGUUUCACUUCAAGAAAGUUUUGUCCAAUGCCUCAGCUUGAUUUCUGACAGAACAUUUCCAUUUAACUCAACAAUUUACACUCCAAACAAUCCUUCAUUCACCAGCGUCCUUGACUCCUCCGGUCAGAAUCAAAGGCUUUUGGUGCCUUCAGCACCAAAACCCAACUUUAUAUUCAUACCACACCGUGAUUCCCAUGUCAAAGCAGCUGUGAUUUGCUCCAAGAAACUUGGGAUUCAUUUAAGAGUCUUAAGUGGUGGCCAUGACUAUGAAGGAGUCUCGUACGUUUCCGAAAUUGAAAGCUCCUUCAUUGUUGUUGAUUUGAUCAAGCUCCGUGGCAUCAAAGUUGAUAUCCAAAGCAACACUGCUUGGGUUCAAGCUGGUGCCACAAAUGGUGAAGUGUACUACAGAAUAUAUGAGAAGAGUUCAGUUCAUGGUUUCCCUGCAGGCGUUUGCACAACUUUAGGAAUUGGAGGGCACAUUACAGGAGGAGCAUAUGGAACCAUGGUAAGAAAAUAUGGUCUUGCGGUGGAUAAUGUCCUAGAUGCUAAGAUUGUUGAUGCCAAUGGAAGGAUUCUUGAUAGGGAAGGCAUGGGGGAGGACUUGUUUUGGGCCAUAAGAGGAGGUGGAGGUGGAAGCUUUGGUAUCCUUCUUUGGUGGAAGAUAAAGCUUGUUCCUGUGCCACCAACUGUGACAGUUUUUACAGUUAACAAGACCCUUGAGCAAGGUGCAACCAAGCUUCUUCACAGGUGGCAGGAAGUGGCACCCUUUGUUGAUGAGAACCUCUUCAUCAGAGUCCUCAUUCAGAAAACACAGAGAACUAUCACAACUUCUUACAAUGGUCUCUUCCUUGGUGGGGCCAGAACACUUCUCCAAAUCAUGAAGACAAGCUUUCCUGAGUUGGGGUUGACAAGAAAGGAUUGCUUGGAAACUAGUUGGAUCAAAUCUGUGCUCUAUUUUGCAGGCUUUCCUAGUGGCACCACCCCUGAAUUUCUGAUGAAAGCAAAGGCACAAAAGGUCUUCUUCAAGGGAAAAUCAGAUUUUGUAAGAGGACCAAUACCAGAAACCGGGCUUGAGGGGUUGUGGAAAAGGGUGCUGAUAGAAGAUAGCCCCUUGAUAGUAUGGAGUCCCUUUGGUGGAAGGAUGAACCAUUUUUCAGAAUCUGAUACCCCAUUUCCCCACAGAAAAGGAACACUGUUCAUAAGUUUGUACUUGUCCUUUUGGCAAGAGGGAGAAAAGAAUGUUGCAAAGCACAUAGAUUGGAUUAGGGACCUCCACAACUACAUGGGUCCUUAUGUUUCUAGCUCCCCGAGGGAACAAUAUGUGAACUACCGUGAUCUUGAUUUGGGAAUAAACACCAAAAACAACACAAGCUACGUAGAGGCAAGUUCUUGGGGUUAUAGGUAUUUCAAGAACAACUUUGACAGGUUGGUAAAGAUAAAGACCAAAGUGGAUCCUCAAAACGUCUUCAGGCAUGAGCAGAGCAUCCCACCACUUCCACUUUGAAAGCACAAGGCAGAAAUUAGAAAUAAAAGGCAAUGUGAUGCUACAAUCAUUAAACUGUGGUAUCUAUAAAUUUGUGAACUUGUUUGGAGCAAUAAGGACACAGUUUGAUAUGUUACUUUGUUUUUGGUCGAGUUAAUGUUGUAAGAUACUACUUAUUGCUAUCUGUCUUCUCUAUUUGUAUAUUUCGCUAGACAAUGUGUCGGUGUGAGUGAAGUGUUUCUUCCCAAGAAAAUAACUGUGGUAUCACUAGUUGUAUUAUUCUGUCAAACAUGAUUCUCAUGUGUGUCAGUUUUAGAAGCACAAAAAAUAAUUCUUAGCAGA